UCGCAAACGUGAGGCACUCAAGAACAGUUGAGAUUGAAUAUUUCCGUCGUGUUCCGUCGUCGAACAAUCUUUGCUGUCUUUCUGAUGCGUGCCGCGUGUGUGCUAUUUGAUAUCGAUAGCCACUACACCAUCCGUGACGCUUGCUAGCUAAACCUGGUGCCUUCUGCUCCGACCGCUAGCUCGCAAGGGACUCGCUGCAGCGUGCUGCUAGAAAACACCGGGUCGUUUUCCCGUGUGAGAACAUAAACGGCCGACAGUACGAUCCGACAAGUGCGCUGGCGAAGCCCGAAUGUGCUCGUCUAGUGCUCGCAUCUAGUUUGUAGACUGAGGCUGGCGCAGAUGUGUUCGGUGUUCUGCGAGCAGUGCGCAGCUAUCGCACAGUUGUUGGUGUUGUAGCGUGUUGUAGCGUCCACGGCACACUAGCGGUUCGAGAAACCUGUGCUGUAGUCGGUGCCUGGAGCGCACGCUGGUUGUUGCUACGGGGGUCGCUUUAUUUCCCUGUGACACAGAAUCUUCGUAGAGCAGUGUGCAAUAAAGACAGCCGGCUUGAUGCUGAAUCCAGCAGCCACUUACCUGCAGAGCGAAGGACAGAACAGAAUGCCCGCUAGCAGAACGUCGACUGGAGAAGGUGGUCUGUCAGACCAUCGCAGCAUGCGUAGCGAUGAUGAUGAGUAUCCGAACUCAGAAACGGAGUUGGAAAGUCGCAGUGUAGCGUCCUCCAGCACAACAGGAAGCGCCGAUAUGGGAUCGGUGAGCUCUAACGGCAUGAACACAACGCUAGUGGAGUCCAGUGAUGGCGCAGUGUUCGUCAGGGUGGAGAACAAGCAAGCGCUAGCGGAUGAUUUGAGAUUGCUAGCGUCCCUGCCCGAACUAUGCGACGUGACGUUUCUUGUCGGAGAGGAGCGCCAACCUAUCUGCGGCGUGCGCGCUAUCCUCGCCGCCAGAAGCAGAGUGAUGAGAAAGUUAUUACUUGGAGACCAGCAAUUUCCCAGCAUGAUCAACACGCAGUCCAAAGUCACCGGUGGCAAGAACCAUAAGGAGAAUGGUGAGCAGAGCGGCCUGACCAAGAGCAAGACAAAGUCCAAGCUGUUCGCCGGCAAGUCGACAGACAACAGCCCGAGCAUACAGCGAUCCGGUUCGCCAUCACUACAGUUCCCCAAUGGAAUCACGGUGGCCGAGUUCGAACCUGAGGUCUUUAAACAACUCAUCGAGUAUCUACAUACGGGUAGCUGUCAUCUGCAGGCACGCACUCUACUCGGUCUCAUCAACGCUGCCGAUCAUUUCAGCGUGGACGAACUGAAACAGGCAUGUCUGAACUUUGCGUCGCGCUGCAUCAACACGGACACGGUAUGCCCACUGCUACGCUCGGCGGAAAUCUACAUCCAGUACAAGUCCACCAAACUCAUAGUGCAGAAGGUGAUGGAAUACAUCGAUGAGAAUGCAGACACCGUCCUGGGUCUGAGGUCGUUUGCAACGCUGCCCAAGCACAUCGUCCAGCUCAUCCUGUCGCGCGACGAGAUGAAGACCGCCGAGCUGAACAAAUUCCAUGCGGCGCACGAAUGGUGCAAGGCGUACUGUGAAGAACAUGCGGCUGAGAAACUGAGCGACGUGAUGAACCCGCUUGUGGAGAACAUUGCCUUCCACAAGAUACCCGUCAUGGAGCUGAUGAGAGACGUACGGCCGCUCCGUGUGGUACCCGACGGCCGAAUCAUGACGGCACUGGCGUACCAAGCGGAUCCGAACGCCGUCGAAGCAAACGAUCUCCAGCCCAAAUCAAGGCAAGCAGGUGGCAGUGGUGGCAGCUCAAGAAACAGCUCACCAACGUAAGGCAUCGCCGCUCCACAAUACCCCCUGGAGAAGAUUUUAUACGGCGUUAUCUGUCUUGCGAGUUACGUUCCUGACAUGCCAAGUUGAUGCUACUCCUGUUUCAGGCCGGCAGACUCGGCUUUCUCUGUGCGAUGGCUGGCAGCUGUUAGUAAGAAAGGAGAUGGCCCUCCGGUUCCUCACGUUGAGUUCUAUUACAGUGCUAUCUCCCCUCCCGCGUGGGGAGAGUCCCUUGUUCAGUUCCCUCCAUUGCCAAACUAUUGCUUUAUAAACGUGUAGUGCAAUCACGUGGAGGUUGUGAUUCCUCUAGCAGUUGUAGAUGUAGUAGAUGUACAUCUUGAUAAACACCGUGGAACUGUCUUCUUAGAUUGUGAAUUGCUGAGUUGACUGCCCAACAGGGCUACUACUACUUGUACAUAAUCCUUUAUUGCUGAACCCACAAACCCACUGGUCUACACAAUACAGGUACGACUACUGUACAAACAGUACAUCUAGUAGCAUUCCAGCUACCCAAGUUUGCGCCAUGUCCACGAGGACAUUCUUAUUGGCUCCCCCCUUGUUGUACGAACAUUGCUUUUUACUGACGUGAAGGAAAAAGAAACAAAACUAUACUAAAUUACAACCCUAUCCUUGACUACUUCCAGCCAAGCCGUGUUGACAUGAUCAAUUAACCCUCUUAGAGGGAUAGUAUCAUUUCAAGUGUUCGCCUUCGCCUUAUACCCGGUUUCCACCAUCAAUGUAGUUCAUUUAUUUUUUCUAAUUCCCAUACAGGACUAGUGUCCAUCGU